AUGUCUCGCGUCAAUUCCAGCUCUGAUGCGCUUGCAGAAGCGUCCGGACACCGCCAAGCGCGAGAUCCAGAAGCUUCCGAGGCUUCUUAUGCGUCGACUCUGACUGACGGCCAUGAUGACAACUUUAACGGACCCUGGCAAUCUGAAGCGUCCACAGUCGAGGUGCUCGGUGAUGGCGUCAAGUCAUCGUCCUCAACAUGGCCAGACCACCAAUACAGCGAUAACCCCCCAUCAAGCUCGAUAAAAGCCGUUGGCUCCUCGAAAUCGUUGCACAAAGGCAAGCAGCCUAGCGAUGGUCAUUACAGCGAUCGAGAUCACCAGAAGCUGGGCACCAUUGACGAAACAUUUGCGGCCAGCGCCUCUUCCUACGCCGCUCAGAACUCUUACAGCUCAUCCGCCAACGGAUAUGCUCCCGAAGAUGCAAAACGACUCUAUCAAGAUCGUGGCCAUGUCGAUUCGCCUGACCUUGACGCGGCGCUUUACUCCCCUUCCACAUAUCCACCCACCAGUGAAGAAGAUUCCGAGGCCAAGCGCGUGCAGCAGAAUCUGGAGCGCUGGGCAGCGGAAGAGCGCCAACGACGCAAGGCCCACCGCACAUCCAAGCUGGUCUCAAACCGCAACUCAGCCAUCUCUGGCGGAGGCGGCUUAGCUAAUCGCUUGUCCAUCCUGCGCUCCACUGGUUUCGCCGGCAACACCAACAACUUGGGCGCAGGACCCUCGUCCGAAAGACUCGCUGAUGGUUCCGGUGUUAGUCCAAGCAUGUCUCACACAGCCUCGCUUGGAGACCGCCGUCGUCCCGACGCUACAGCGCGUCAGGAGUCUGCUUCUUCAACUAAGGGAGGCGCCGCGCGAGGCUUGCUUCGACCUGCGAGUCCCUCGUCGCUCGACAGUGCCGGGUCGUUUGGAUCCCUUGUCUCGGACGACCAUCGUCCCAACAGGAAGCUACCGCCCAUCGGUUCGCGUGUUGCUUCCGCUACGCACGACAGGCAUGUCAGCGGUGGCAGUCUUGCAUCUGUAGACGGUCUCGGCCAGCACGCCAACGGUAGCGCCCGCGAUCCUUUCCGCGAUCCAUCCGAGGGCGGCACAGCCGAUGCUUCCAGCCAUAACCCUCGCAAAAGAUCUUCGCUAAAGCCCGUACCGACAGCCUUCCGUCCGAUCGUCACAGUCGGGCGCGCUUCGAGCAUCCAGAGACAGACUCUAGAGGCCAGCUACGCCAGCAACAAGGGAAAAGGGAAAGGGCGAUCCAUGCCCACGAUUGUCGCUACAGACACUGAAGUCGAGGAGGACGAGGACGAGCUCACUUCUGACUUUGAUCGCAGUCGUGACAGCCAAAAUCCGUUCGCCUCCAGCCAAGAUUCGCAGCGGCGGACGCGGACGACGUCGACGACGCUGCACCAAGGGGGACUGGACGAGGAGGUGGCCAUGGAGCUUGCUGGGAGGAAUAAGGGUCUUCAUAACAACGGCGACCUGGGCGAAGGCACGCUAGGCACAGAUGGCGAAGCGCGACCGCCACCGGCGCGAACGUCUACGAGCAGUUCCAAGUUCAGAGAGCUUGGCAUCACGGAGGAUGACGACUGGAUUGAGACGGUAGGCCGCAACAUGGGAAGGGAGCGCAAUAGCACCAAGAACAUGCGCAUAGCCCACCAUGCAUCCGACGACGACGAUGAACGAGAAGGCGCUCGCAAGCCUUGGUGGACCGAUUUGCUCUGUGGAUGCAGUCGCGAUUUCGACGACGAUGAGCAGGCCGGUCGAACGAACCCAAUGGAGUAG